AUGGAGGAAAGGAACACCAGCGGAGGGCUUACGAGCACAGAUUCAACUCUCUCAGCAAGGGGGACCGAACUGACAACACUGAGUGGAAGUGACGAGCCAUUUUACUCAGAAGUGCACUUGCAGCUCUUGAUCCGGAAUAUACUGAUCACUAUCAUUGCCCUCAUUGGGUUGGCAGGAAAUAUUACUGUGCUGUGGUUCCUGAGCUUCCAAAUGGGGAAAAAUGCUUUCUCUGUCUACAUUCUCAACUUGGCUAGUGCUGACUUUCUCUAUCUAUUUUUCCAGCUUAUUAUUUCCCUGAAUUGGUUCACUGGCUACUUCCAUUUCCCUUAUGAAUUUGCCACCAUAAUGGAGAACUCUGCCUAUAUUGCAGGCUUGAGCAUUCUUAGUAUCAUUAGCACCGAGCGGUGCAUCUCAGUCCUCUAUCCCAUCUGGUACCGCUGCCACCGACCAUACCACAUUUCAGUUCUCAUAUGUACCCUGCUUUGGGCUCUGUCCUUGUUGCUGAGCAUUUUGAAUCAUAAAUACUGUAGUGUUUCUCAUUUGUGUGAGAAAUUUGAUUUCGUCAUUGCUGCAUGGCUAUUCCUCAUAGUUGUGCUUCUUUCUGUGUCCAGCCUCACCUUGCUAGUCAAAUUGGUGUGUAUCUCCAAGAGGGUGCGGCUGACAAGACUGUAUGUGACCAUUGGACUCACAGUGCUGGUCUUCCUCUUCUGUGGCUUUCCCUGGGGAAUCUAUUGGUUUCUCCUAUACUGGACUGAAGAUAACAUUAAUAUAUUCACCACAAAAUUUCGUCAUUCUGCAUAUAUACUAACCUGUGUCAACAGCUGUGCCAACCCCAUCAUUUACUUCUUCGUUGGCUUCUUUAGACAGCAGAAGAAGCAUCAAAGGCAGAACCUCAAGUUGAUUUUCAGGAGGGCUUUUCAGGAUGUUCCUGAGGUGGAUGGACGUGAAGUCAGUUCUCCUCAGGAAACUCUGGUGAUGGCGAGGCAGCACAGCGCAUUCAUUCGUGGCUGCUGCAGCCGCCCCCCCUUGGUUCGGCGCCUGGCGGGCCUGGGGCUGCGGUAUGGGCGCCGGCCUCUCCAGCUCCUGCACCUGCGGCUCUUCUGGCCUCCUGCUCGUGGCUCGCUCGCUUGCUCACUCGCUUUCCUGGCGGACGAGGCUGAGGCUCAGUGUGCUCGGAGCACUCUGUCAACAUCAGCAUACACCAUUUGA